AUUCGAGCUGGAUUAAUGGUAACUAAACACGAAUCCGCACACUGAAACGACCUCGAACACCCCAACACCGAAAGCCGCCGUACACGCCGCCGCCGAAGCCACCACCAAAUUCUUUCCCAGGGACCAAAAGGUGCUCAAUUUUUCAAAGCAAUGGCAGCCGAGGGAACGUCGAAGAAGAUGAUAGCGACGCAGGCAGAGAUGGUGGAGAAUCGGGUGCCAAUUCCGUACAGAGACCAGUGCGCCCACUUGCUGAUCCCUCUGAACAAGUGCAGGCAGGCGGAGCUCUACCUCCCAUGGAAGUGCGAGAACGAGCGCCACUCCUACGAGAAGUGCGAGUACGAGCUCGUCAUGGAGAGGAUGCUCGCGAUGCAGAAGAUCCGCGAGGAGGCCAAGUUGAAGCAGGGAAAGAAGAAGGGGCAGCCGAUUCCUCUCAUUCCCAACACCGCCAACUGCUUAGAACCCACCAUCCGUUAUUGGGAAGCAUAAAUUUAUGAGGUGUGGAUGUUUUGAUGCUUUUCACCGCAACUGAUGAGAAAUUUCUCCGGACUCUUUUGUACCGAGACAAAUGUUAUAGACUCGGUCCUGUUGUUUUCGCAGUUGUGCAAACCAGUUUCAUAGUAUUCGAAUAAAUUAAGUUCCUCAUUGCUUAACA